CUCCUGUAUCCAUACUGAUCAUUCAAAAUGUCUCCUCCUCAAUGGGUAAAAGAUUUGAAGCCUUCUCCCCCGCAGGGUUCCGACCUCAUUGCGACGGAGCGGGAGAAGUCCCAGAUCUCUGUUGAUAAACUAUCAAACUUUCUCUUUACCAAAGAGGCUUUGGAGAGGCAAGACCGUAUUCUUGCUAUCUUGAAAUCCGAGGAGGUCUUCGACAAGUCGCAGAAUUAUUUCCAUGGACGAGUCGACAGAUUCAAGGUCGCCCUGGCCCGGGCUAAAAGACUGAGGCAAUUGCAAGUUAAGCACAACUGGAAUGCCGAUGAUUAUAAUGUUGCCAAUGAAUUGAUCAGUGAACCUGGGCCUUAUGGAUUACAUUCAAGCAUGUAUCUGACAACUCUUCGUGGUCAGGGCACUCCUGAGCAGCAAAAGCUCUUCCUCGAACCCGCCGAAAAUUACGAACACAUUGGAUGCUAUGCACAAACUGAAUUGGGACAUGGUUCGAACGUUCGAGGGCUGGAGACUACUGCCACAUGGGAUCCCCAGGACAAGACGUUUAUCCUCCACUCGCCCCAUUUGACGUCAGCAAAAUGGUGGAUUGGAUCUCUAGGACGAACCGCAAAUCACGCUGUUGUGAUGGCACAACUAAUCAUUAAUGGCAAGAAAUACGGUCCACAUCCGUUCGUUUGCCAGAUCAGGGACAUGAAGACUCACGAACCCUUGGAGGGGGUCUACGUUGGUGAUAUUGGACCCAAAUUUGGUUACAACACCAUGGACAAUGGUUUCCUCCUCCUCAACCACGUUAAGAUCCCACAUGUCAACAUGUUGGCACGUUUCUCAAGGGUGGAUCCCGAGACUAGCAAAUAUGUGCACCCUUCGUCCCCGAGCUUAAUAUAUGGUACUCUUACCUGGGUGCGAUCAACGAUCGUUCUUCAAUCUGGCGGGGUUCUAGCUCGUGGUGUCACGAUCGCGACACGAUACGCCGCCGUGCGCCGCCAAUUCCAAGACCGGGACGCUCCCUCUGGUACCCUUGGCGAGAACCAAGUCCUUAACUAUACAAUGGUUCAAUUCCGACUUCUCCCUUUGCUCGCAGCAACUUUUGCACUCCAUUUCACUGGGAAGGCAAUGAUGGCUCUGUACCAAGAGAACCAGAAGAAGAUGCAGUUAGACGCCGAGAGGAUUUCAAACACAGCAAGAGGCGCAGGACCAGAAGAAACCCACUCGGGCAGUGAUCUUCUGGCCGAUUUGCAUGCCACUUCUUGCGGGUUGAAGGCGCUUGGCAGUACUACUGCUGCGGAAGGCUUGGAAGUCUGUCGCAGAGCUUGUGGAGGCCAUGGAUAUUCCAGCUUUUCAGGAAUUGGGUCCUGGUAUGCAGACUAUCUUCCCACAACUACGUGGGAGGGUGACAACUACAUGUUAACCCAACAGGUUGCCCGAUAUCUACUAAAAUCGGCGCGUGCUGUUCUGAAAGGAAAGGCCCCCAACAAUGAUACGACGAAGAUCUUCACGACGUUCCUCCAGAAGCAAGACAUGGGUGCCGCUCAUGAUAUUCUUGGCUCUGACAGCGAUCUCGUUGCUGCCUUUGCAUGGCGUACAUCAUUCUUGACCUUCGAGGCCCUCAAGCACCGAGAUGCCGAGAAGAACUCCUGGAAUUCUCUCCUGGUAGAUUUCUGGCGUCUCAGCACUGCUCACUCCCAGUACCUCGUAGUCAAGAACUUUUACGAGGCUCUGCAGAGCGAGAGCCUCCAGCGUGAGCUUGAUCCCGUCACAAUAGACGUUCUCCACAAGCUCUUCCGCCUAUAUGCCUUGACCACUCUCGAGAAAGAGGCAUCGGAAUUUUAUUCCUCAGCCGCGGUAACUGUUCGACAGAUCCAGCUUGCAAGGACCAAGACGGUGAUGAAGCUACUUGAAGAAGUCAGACCUCACGCCUUAAGACUGGUCGAUGCAUGGCAUUUCUCUGACUGGCAGCUCGACUCCUCGCUGGGCCGAAAGGACGGAAAGGUUUAUGAAGACUUGUUCUACCGGGCAUCGCAGCUGAACCCGUUGAACGGACUGACUAUAGACCCCUACCCGGAUAGUGGAGUCUUGAUCAAGAAUGAUGAGAGUGCAAAGUUCAAGAGCAAGCUGUAAACCAUAGAUCAUGGGAUAGAAAGGUCAAAGAGCAAGGUGAAGACAGGUUAUAUAGACUAGACUACUGCGUAUAGAGGUUGGCAAGAUAGACUAGACUAGAUAGAGAUAGGGAGAUGGAGAUAUCUUGGGAAGAAACGGUUUUGAUGGAUCAUGGCUCCGUCUUUGGCGUAUGUUACUAUGAAUAUACGGACUGAACGUCCUAGAUAAUCUAGACGAUGCACAUCUUUAC